AUGAAACUCAUAUUGCCUAUCUAUUCCUUUUCAGCAUGUGCUUUCAUGCUGAUCACUCAUCAAGAAGUUCAUGUGAAUGCAUGCACCGCCAUUGCUGUUACCAGAGGUGCAAGUGCCGACAAUUCGACUUUAAUCGCUCACACGGAUGAUGCGGGUGGAGGUGCUGCAGAUUUACGACUUGUUCGCGUUCCAGCUCGAGAUCACGAAUCCGGUAGCAAUCGUGCUGUUUACAAUUUCAACGGUGGAUAUCCGCGCGUGAUAGCACCGGACCGCGGAAUUUACUACGAACCUGUAAACGAUCUUGAGAUUGGCAAGACGCAAGAGUACACGACACCAUUGGGUUACAUUCCUCAAGUCGAGCAUACUUUUGCGUACUUUGAUCAGGAUUAUGGCAUGAUGAAUGAGAAGCAACUUAGUAUUGGUGAAAGCACGUGCGGUGCUAAAACUGUCGGGUGGCCGCUGAAUGUGGCUGGAGGAAAGAAUCUUUUUGGCAUUGCAGAGCUUACGAAGGUUGCACUUGAACGUUGUGAAACAGCACGAUGCGCUGUUGAUACAAUGGGCACCUUAGCUGAAAAACACGGUUUCUACAGUGAAGACAGCGGGGAUAUGGCAAAACCAGACUUCGGUGACUCAGCUGAAGCCCUUGUUGUGGGUGAUAAGUUUGGUGAGGUUUGGGUCUUUCAUGUCAUGACUGGAAAGGACCAUUCUGGCGCGGUCUGGGCAGCUCAACGCGUGCCUGACGGACACGUAACGGUCAUUGCGAAUGGAUUUACAAUUCGUGAGAUAGACCUGAGUCAGCGUGAUUGGUAUAUGGCUUCAAGCAACGUUCUAACAUUUGCCGAAGAAAUGGGCUGGUGGAAUCCAAAUGGUGAAAAGCCUUUUGACUUCACAGCUGCUUAUGGAUUUGCUGACAAAGACGCAAUUGGUCCACUUUACACCGGUCGUCGAGUCUGGCGCGUUUUUGAUAUCCUUGCGCCGUCUCUUCAGCUUGAUGCUCGGCUUGGUAGUUUCUCGCAAUAUGCCACGUAUCCAUUUUCUGUCAGACCCGAUCGUUUUGUUGAGACGUAUCAGAUUAUGGACCUGCUUCGAGAUCACUACAAAGAUACGCGUUAUGAUAUGACCAAAGGACUGGCUGCUGGACCUUUUGGGUCUCCUGUUCGCUGGUCCGGUAGUGCUGGUGGAGUCAUUGGAGGUUGGGAACGACCGAUCUCCAUGUACCGCACACUGUUUGCAUUUGUUCUUCAGAGCCGUAGUCACAAAGGUCCUGAUGCAGUUGGUGGAGUUGCGUGGUAUGCUCAAGAUGCCCCACACGGUUCUGUCUUUGUGCCGUUUUCUUGUGCACAGGAGAGUGUACCGGAGUCAUAUUUACUUGGUCGUCAGAGCAAAUUCCAUCCUCAAUCUGCUUGCAAAAUUGAUGCUUUGCAGAAAUUGGCUUUCUCAUUGCGUAACAAAAUCGAGAUGGAAGCGCAAUAUGUCCAUUCAGUAAAUACGACGCACUUUGUUGCUCAAAUUGAAAGUCAAAGUAAUAAGUUUGCUGAAGAAGUCGUAGCUCAAUGGUGGCAACUCGCGUGGACAUUAAUUGCUAAGUACAGUGAUGGCUAUAUGACGACAGGUGAAGCACCCGAGCAGCAAGCGUCAAUCGGAUAUCCAGCUUGGUGGCUUCAAGCCAGUGAAUUUGCGACGUGGCCUGGAGACACAUUUCAACCGAAGGCAAGCAUGUUAGAAAUGCUCGUGGGCGUUGACAGCGAGACAGCUCAAAAUUUUGUUCGUCAGUCAAUUGUGACCGACAGCGCUGGUGCAGGCAAUUUCUCAGGAGCGAUCGCUUUGGGUUUUAUAGGCGCAGUGUUGAGCGUUGGUAUACUUGCUUUUGCCAAGAAGGCGAGCCGUCGUCAUCGGUACAACAUCGUGCCUUAG